UGUGCUGUUACUCUGAGCAGAGACCGACUGAGAGGAAGUGAUGCUGGAAACAGAAGACGGAGACCAUGACUGAGUCUGUGCUCGGGUUUGGUUUGUUGAAGUGUCGUUCUUCAGUGUUUGUGGCUGUAUCUUCAGUUUGGUGAUGGAGCCUCAAUGGCAGAUCUACAAAAAACUGGACAUCCCGGAUCAUGUGCAUUACAUCAUCGCUCUCUUCGUCCUCAUCAUCGGCACUUUAGGAGUCACGGGCAAUGCUUUGGUCAUGUUUGCCUUCUACAGUAAUAAAAAGUUGCGGAACCUGCCAAAUUAUUUCAUAAUGAACCUGGCGGUCAGUGAUUUCCUCAUGGCCAUCACACAAUCUCCAGUGUUCUUCAUCAACUGCGUGUUCAAGGAGUGGAUGUUUGGGGAACUGGGAUGUAAAAUAUAUGCAUUCUGUGGCGCGCUGUUUGGCAUCACCUCGAUGAUAAACCUGUUGGCCAUCUCUAUCGAUCGAUACGUGGUCAUCACCAAACCGCUGCAGACCAUCCAGUGGAGCUCCAAGCGCAGAACCUCUCUGGCCAUCCUCUGCAUCUGGAUCUACUCACUGGCCUGGAGUCUGGCACCUCUGAUUGGCUGGAGUUCCUACAUCCCUGAAGGUCUGAUGACAUCCUGCACGUGGGACUACACCUCUCCGUCUCCUGCCAACAAAAGUUACACCAUGAUGCUGUGCUGUUUUGUCUUCUUCAUCCCUCUGGCCAUCAUCCUCUACUGUUACCUGUUCAUGUUCCUCUCCGUACGAAAGGCCAGCAGAGAUUUAGAGCGGCUGAGCUCUCAGAAGUCCAGCUUUGUGAAGCAGCAGUCCAUGAGGAGUGAAUGGAAACUGGCCAAAAUAGCGGCUGUGGUCAUAGUGGUGUUUGUGCUGUCUUGGUCCCCCUACGCGUGCGUCACCCUCAUCGCCUGGGCAGGCCAUGCAAACAUCCUCACGCCCUACUCUAAAACAUUGCCAGCGGUCAUCGCCAAAUCAUCUGCCAUCUACAACCCUUUCAUAUAUGCCAUAAUUCACACCAAAUACAGAGCCACUUUAGCUGAGAAGGUCCCAGGUUUGUCCUGCCUGUCUCGCCUUCAUAAGGACUGUCUCACCUCCUCCACCAAUAGCAACGCCUCGUUCAAGGACACCAGUGUCAGCAGACAGUCAUCAGUCUCCAAGAACAAACUCCACACGACCUUCGCCAGCGGCUCCAGUGCUAUGGUAAUGGGAGAAUUGGAGCUGGACCUGAUGGAGAACAGGCAUAAUUUGUCUAAAGUGUCAUUUAGAGACUCAUCUAGACAGCGGAUCCUCAAAUGCUCCUCGCUGCUGAUAGAGAAGCCUUCAGUACAGAUGAGAGAGUCGUUCAGUCUGUGCGAGCGAGAUCUCGUCUCUGGAUCCCUCGCAAUGGCAACAGCACCGACUGUCGUUUACACUAAGAAGAGCGGGAGUGCCGAUAUGACCACUGACCUCUCGUUUAACCCUAAGAAUGACUCCAUGACCCACAGCUCCUCUGGUGCUCCCACAGUCAUCAUCAGUCCAGCUUCAGAGAGCAACAUACAAAAGGAGAAGAAAAGUCUGGAUCUCACUGUAAGGAUAUAAUGUUUGACCACACAAACAUAAACUGCCCAGCAGAGCUACUGGAGACUACGGAGACGUUUCUCACAUGAACCAAGCAGCACUGAUCUGAGACAGUGAGACUGUUAAACUCUAGUUCUGACGAGAUGUGCAUUUCAUGAAGGAAAUAUCAGUGCUUGCUU